AAAAUGUCUGAUAUAAAACAAUCAAACGUAGAUGUUUUGGUCAUCGGAGCUGGUCCUGCUGGUGUCAUUGCAGCUGACUGGCUUGCAAGAUUUACCAAGUAUGGUGUUAAAACCAGAGUCAUUGACAAGCGUUCCCACAAGGUCUUCACUGGACAGGCUGAUGGUUUAAACCCACGUUCACUUGAAAUGUUCCAAUCUUUCAACCUCAUGGGCAAGAUUGGCAGCGAAGCAAACCCAAUGAAUGAAGUCUCUUUCUGGGCUCCAAAUGAGAACCACGGAGGUAUUGAACGUUCAAGACGUAUUCCAGAUACUAUCCCAGGUAUUUCAAGAUACGUACAAUCCGUCCUCCAUCAGGGCAGAAUCGAGAGACACAUCAUUGACGAUAUGCUCGAAAAGAGUAAUGGUACAAUGAAGAUUGAACGUGGUGUCCUUCCUGAAUCAUUAGAAAUCAAUGAUGAUUUGAUCGACGAAGAUGACGCUUACCCAGUCAAAGUUGGUGUCCGUCAACUUAGCGAGGAAGAAUCACGUCCAAAGUUAGCUUCCAAGCACGGUGAGGUUGAGUCAGGUCUCUACAAGUCAAACCUCAUUAAGGAUGAAGAGGAUGACGUAGAAUUCAACCCAAAUGUUCCUGUAGGUGACAAGGAAAUAAUCAAUGCUAAAUAUGUUAUUGGUGCAGAUGGUGCUCACUCAUGGGUACGUCGUCAAUUAGGUUUCAAGAUGGUUGGUGAAGGUACUGAUUUCGUCUGGGGUGUCGUUGACGGUGUUCCAAUCACCAACUUCCCUGAUAUCCGUUGUCGUGCUGCAAUCCACUCAAACGCUGGAAGUUUGAUGGUUAUCCCGCGUGAAGGCAAGAUUGUUCGUUUGUACAUCCAACUCAACUUGACUGUCGACGAGGGUGGACACGUUGAUCGUAGCUUAAUCACACCAAAGAUGCUCAUGGAACAAGCCAAGGCUGUCUUCCAUCCAUACACAAUCGACAUCCCAGAGAUCAUCUGGUACACUGGAUACCAAAUCGGACAACGUCUUACAACUGAAUACGCAAAGAAUAACCGCGUUUUCAUCGCUGGUGAUGCUUGUCACACCCACUCACCAAAGGCUGGUCAAGGUAUGAAUGCUUCAAUGGCAGACACAUACAACCUUUGCUGGAAGAUUGGUCAUGUCUUAUCUGGACACGCACCACGUAGCAUCCUCGAUACAUACGAAAGCGAGAGACGUCCAUUCGCUGAACACUUGAUCAUGAAUGACGCCCAACUUGCCAAGUUGUUCUCAGGCAAGCCAUUGUCAUCUGCUGAACUCAACGAACUCGGUAUCGAUAUGAAGGAAUUCGAAACUGUUCUUGAGAAGGGUAUCUCAUUCUUCUUGGGUACAUCAAUCGAGUACUUCAACUCAGCUGCUACCGCAAAUGGCAAAGACGGCAGACUUGCUUCAAAGCAAGAGUUGGCCACAAAAGUACCAGUCGGACAACGUUUCCCAUCAUUCCAAGUUGUCUCUCAAUUCGAUGGUAGACACUUCCACUUAGUCGACACUAUGUUCGCUGAGGGCCAAUUCACUAUUGUUUUGUUUGCUGGUAACAUGGAAAACCCAGUUCAUCGUCAACGUUUGGAGACUAUCGCUCAACGUCUUGACAGUGAUGAUGGUGUCGUCAGCAAGCACACACCAAACAACAGAGAAAGAGACUCUAUCAUUGACAUCAAGACUGUCCACUGUGGUAACAGAGUUAACGUAGAAGUUCAUGACUUCCCACAACCAACUGUCUAUCCACCAGGCACUUACAACAAGCUCUAUGUCGAUGAUGUCUCAUACCAUGCUGGGCAUGGUGAAGCGUACAAGAACUAUGGUAUUAGUGAAGAAGCUGGUGCAGUCGUCGUUGUUCGUCCAGACCACUUUGUGGGUUUAGUCACCUCACUCGAUGGUGCUGGUUUCGAUGAUGUAGAGACCUACUUCAGCAACCUCCUCAAGACUGUUCCAGCUGGUGAGCGCAACUCAGCCAAAGAUAUCAAGGUUAUUCCACAGCCAAAGAUUAACUAGAGUGUGACACUCUUCGUUGACUAUCUUUGACAAGAUUUAGAUUUUUGUUUUCUAGGAUUCCGUUGUAAUAUUUAUACCAAAAAAAACUCUCAUACACGUUCG